GCCCCCAAAAAAUUGCUCUCGAUUAGAUUUCCUGUUCAGAGAUUCAACCUAAUCCGACAAAGAUCCAAUCUUUACGGGCAUCAUCAGACAGUGAAGCUGAAGCCCUAGUCGGACACGGAUUCCGACCCGGAAGCUGCUUUCAAGUCGGGUACGAAUCUAAUCGAAACCGAACUAGAAGUAUCUCAGAACCUCAGCCGCCUCCCUCGCCGUCGCAAAAUAUUUAAUUUCGCAUGUCGUCCAAAGGUCAGAUAUCGACAUACCAUGUUUUUUCGGGUGAAAGCUGUCAAGUUCUUGUCGACGUUCCCCUGUCUUUCCAUUCGCAGAGCAUUCAGUGAGCAUGGCACUUCAGAAGCGUUCGGGCUGAGCGAGGAAAGGCGGCGGGUUUGUGCAUCGCGACUCCGCGGACGCGGACGGGGGAGAGGGCGGAGUCGUGACGAAGAGGACACCGAGAAUGCCGAGGUCGACGUUGGGUUAUCACUUAGAGGAGUUGUUCAAGAAGAAGGGGUCGGUCAGAGAAGAUGCAUUGACCUCUAUAAUCCAGACAUUCAACCAGCAGAUUGAGUAUGAAUUCGUCGAGAAUAGCUUUGCUACUUUGCUCUACCGAUUCCGGAAUUGUGCGAAGAGUGGUACGUCUAAGGAGGUGGCCUUAGCGUGUCGUGCAAUUGGGUUGCUGGCGAUGACAACCAAAUGCAGGGACAAGGCUCACGAGCUGUACGAAGAAUCUGUUUCCUUAUUUUCCAUGGCACUCAAACCUCAUUCCAAGAAACACUAUUGCGAGAUGGUGAAUAGCUUGGUGGUGGUUACCUACUUCUGUGCAGAUGUUUCGGUGGAGACUGAAAAGUCUAUGCAGAUUUUGUGGGAUUUCAUUCACCAAGAAGGUGUCACUAAUAAGUCUGAGGAUGCUGAUGCAAUAUCCAUUCUUGUUGCUGCAAUAUCUGCAUGGUCUUGCUUGCUGUCAACGCUUGAUGGAUGGAGAGUCGAUAGCAAGCGAUGGAAGGGGGCUAUACCUUACUUCUUGAGCCUACUAAAGACCAACUAUAUUGAAUCCCUUCAACUGGUAGCAUGUGAAGCGUUGUUUUUGAUACUGGAAAUUGGAUCUCUCCGUAAGUUCUCUGACGAAACCGAGGCUUGCGAUGACAUCGCAAAGCUAUUGAGGAGUACAGUCUGCAGCAUAAAUCCAAACUUCAUCAAAUAUUCGGAGAAGGACAAGUUCCCAAAGAAGAGUAUAGCAGUUGGCAGACAAAGAGUAGUGUUAUCAACAUGGUCAGAGUUCAUACAGCUAAAUUUCCUGAAGCUGUUUUUAGGACAAGAAGGAUUCGUCACUCAUAUGCUUGGAAACAAACUCCUCAGAGAUGUGUUCGAGUUCAUUAACCAAGAUAGUCCUUCGGACACUCGCCUCGACGUACCAGAAAGAGAAGAGGUGGUUAAGAAAUACUUGCUUCCGGGUCGAAAGCCUAAAGCUAGAGAUAAAGCAAGAAGCAAAGAGAUCGAUCUUUCUUUCUCUUCCAGCAAGGCAAAACUAAUCGAUCAUGUACUAAACCGAGACCAUGCUGACAAAUACAGUCCUCGUUUCUUUCGGUUUAGAGAAGUUCCUCGUCAUUUAUUCAAACGAAAUAACUGCUUUAUCACAACUAGCAAUAUCCAAAUCACGAAUCCUAAGUACUCGUUCGCAGCCUUUGCAAAGGGGGAAAAAGAAAACUUCCACCAAAUGCAUUCCUAAGUACCAACCUAUGAAACUGCAUUUGAGGAAAUUUUCUUCUUUUGCCAAAUAGAAAUCUAGCCAUUUCACUGUUAGCUUCAGGAAUUAGCCUUCUACAUUGUAACGCAGACUUGUGAAAUUUUAUUU